UAAAUAGCCACCCACGAAUGUGACAGCUGACAGGUUGACGCGUACGUACAGCUCGGGAGCUCAACGCCCCGAGAGUGGCUCCGGGCGUCACACUCCCAUACUGGAGAGCGGCUCUUGGCAGACGAAUGGGCCAAAACGCUGACGAAGUACUUCGACUUCGGAGUAACUCUGGAGUGCUCCAGCUAUGGCACCCAAAAGCGUUCCUUGUCCGAAAGCGGCUUAUUUAACAUUUCUCUAAUCGUUCGUUUUCAAUUGCAUUUCUAAUGACGUCAUUAUUUGAUAUACCGUUACUAACCGUUUUGUAACCCGCUUACUUUGAACCGGAGCCACUUGAAAAGGACUAUAGGGUUGAUUAUAAACCGCCGCGGCGGUAAAGCAGUUGUUUUUUGUUUUUUAUUUAUUUUUAUUUUUAUUUUUUUUACUCGUGUCUCGUGUCGGUGGUGAGUUGAUUUCGGAUGUAAUUUUUCAGUACUAACUACUGUAUAGUCUUUAAUUUUCGUACUACUCUACUACCUACUACUAUCAAUAAUUACAGAUUUAAUACUUAUUUAAAUUAAAAUUGUAACCACAAAAAAAUGAGUGUAGAGAAAGAUUGUCAACAUCUAGUUGAAGAAAUUGUUAAAGUUGAAACCAAAGCCGUCGUAGAAAAUUCUGAAGAAAACCCAUACGCCUAUCUAGAAAGAGACUUUUCUUCAGAAAACUUCAAAAUAGAAAUAAAAAACUUGCCCAAAUAUUAUGGAAUUAGCGAAUUUAAGAAGCUUCUGAACCAAAAGCUAAACCUAAACUCCAACAAAAUUAAAACACCAAGACGAAACUCUCCUUAUGCUUUCGUUUGCUUUCGUAAUGAGGAAGACAGAGACAAUGCCAUUGAAGUUUUAUCCAAAUUUAAGUGGAAAGGCAACGAACUUAAAGCCGCUUUUGCUAAGCCUAGUGCAGAUCCGCUAGUUGCAAAGAGAAAAGGAGCUUUAGAAGAAUGCAGUGACAGAAAGAAAGCAAAAACUGAUGAUUUGUCAGUUGAAGAAAGGAUUAAGUUGUCUACAACACCUUUGGCAGAUGUAGAUUAUCAAAAACAGCUGGAAUCUAAACAGGAACAAGUAAAAUCGAUUCUAACUAAACUAGCCAACGACCUAUCGCAUCAAAAUCUAGAAAUCAAAUCAUACAUUGAAGCUCAAAAGAAAAAGUAUGAUGGUCUACCUUGUGAGUUGAUGCAAAUUAAACAUUGUGAUCAAAUUGAUGGAUACCGCAACAAAUGCGAAUUUUCAGUGGGUGUGAAUCCAGAAACCAACUUGCCAACAGUCGGCUUUAGGAUAGGCGCUUAUGUAAAUGGUACGACAGGUGUAGCUCCUGUAGAUCAUUUGAGACACAUUCCAGAAUCAAUGAAAUUGGCUGUAAGGGUAUCUCAGGAUUUUAUUCGCUCAUCAAAUCUAGAAGUGUUCAAUGCUGAAUUUCAAACUGGACAUUUCAAACAAAUUACUGCUAGGGUUGCUCCUGAUCAACUCAUGGUUAUUAUAGGGAUUCAUCCUCAAAAUUUGGACACUGCACGAAUUGAUGAAUUGAAAAAUAAUUUAAUAAAAUAUUUCUCAGAAGGCCCUGGCAAGGAAGCUCGAGUCACUUCGUUGUUCUAUGAAGAAAUAGUGAAAAAAAGCCCUGGCGAAGAACCUACUCCGGCUACUCAUUUGUGGGGAGACACUCAUAUUUACGAGACAAUAAUGGGGUUGAAAUUUCGUGUGUCUCCUGAAGCUUUUUUUCAAAUAAACACUAAAGCUGCUGAAGUUUUGUAUCAGUCUGCAAUAGAUUUGGCAGAGCCUACACAACAUUCCAGUAUGUUGGAUGUUUGCUGUGGUACAGGAACUAUUGGUUUAUGUUUUGCUAAGUACUGUGGACAAAUCUUAGGUCUAGAAAUAGUCCCUCAAGCAAUAGUAGACGCAAAAGAAAACGCAAUCGCCAACAACAUUACCAAUAGCGAAUUUUUCACUGGGAAAGCUGAAGAUAUUUUGGGUUCAGUUUGCUACAAUUCCAAACACGAGGACGUGUUUGCUGUAGUCGACCCUCCAAGAGCUGGAUUACAUCAAAAAGCCAUACACCAGCUGCGUAAAAUCAAAAAAAUCAACCGUUUGAUUUACAUUUCGUGCAACCCCAAGUUAGCCACAAAGAAUUUUGUCGAUUUGGGACGCCCCGAAUCGAAAUACAUGCAUGGUGAUUUUUAUGUGCCAGUUAAAGCAGUAGCAGUGGAUUUGUUUCCGCAUACUCAGCAUUAUGAAUUGGUUAUUUCUUUUAAACGAUGGGACCUGAUUAAAAAGGAAUUAGAAAAUUAAAAAUGACGUUGAUGAAAUAAUUUUGUAUUUUAUUUUUUACACAUUACAUUGAUGAUUAACUAAAGUGUGGUAUAACAAUAUUACACAGUGGGGUGUCUUGCUAGGUUAAAUUUUCUUCCAUUUAUGGAAAAAACUCUAAAACGUAGGCGCAGACCGUGAAUUGAACCCUAUGCUGGAACAACGUUGUAAAUGACAAUGUGUAAAAACGGUAUUUUCAUGGAAUAACGUUGUAUUGUACCCUGGAUAAUUCGCCAACUUAAUAGUGGGAAAAUAUGAUUUUUUUUUUAUGAAGUGUUGAUGCCAGUUCAAUUGGCCCAGUAUGUCCUUUUUGUGCAAUAACGUUUUAAUUGCAACCGCCCUAGUUUCGCGCUUGUUUAGUAUAUUUGGCGUUUGAAACGUUGUUCCAGCAUAGGGUUCAAUUAAUGGUCUGCGAAUAAAUUUUGAAGGUUUUUUUCAAGCAGAAUAUAACUGAAUUAUUGCACAGUUAAGUGUCUAUUGAGACAAAUAUAAAAUGCAAGGUGGCUUUUUUAAUGUACCUACGCUACGGAUUCUUCAUCUUCAUGACAGAUAGACAUAUAGUAUACACAGUCUUAAACUUCGGAUAAUUUAUAUUUUUUGAUCAUUUUAUGAAUCUUCACUAGAAAAUGAAGUUCCAUAAUUGACAAAGAGGUUCAUGGAUUUUUGCUUCCGAACCAUUUUUGCCAAAUAUUUUAUGUAACAUUAAUUAUUUCCUAAUAUUUAGAUAAAUCUUAUAUUUAUUUAAAAUUAAUAAGCAUUUACUUUUAUGGAAUAAUUUAUUCAAAGACUCAAAUUAUGAAUUCGGUUUGGUAACAGUCGAGUGGUUAAGCACGGGUUAAGCGUAAUCUUACAUAGAAUCAAUUUGUUUUGUAAAAUCUCAAGAUAUUAGGUAACAAAUUUGAUAACAAAUUCAUAAUAUGCGCUUUGAGUUAUGCAAUAUUUUGCAUUAAGUACAUGACGACAAUGGUAAUGAGAUUAGACAUAAUGCAAGCCUUUUUUACAAGUCUUGCUAAUAAAGUAAAAAAAAAAUAAUCUUUUAAAUAAAGUACCGUAAAAUCGGGUGACUUGAGACGAUUUUGACUUUCAGCAAGCGAUAUUUUCGAAACUAUUUAACUUAGCGAUGACUUAAACACGUCAAAAGUUGAGUCUUAACCAGUAGAAUCGGUUUUAUAAGUUGAAUUUUAUGUGAAUAACAAGUUACCCAGGUUUUUUUAUUUUUUUUUGACUGUCUCAUGUCGGACGCUAGGGUGGGUUACUUGAGACAACCAUAUUUUUCAAGCUUUUGCUCAUGUUUCAAGCUAAAAGGAUCACUUGAGACAAAAGAAACGUUUUUUAAAAGGUGGCUAUUGACUCCAGGCUUGAUAUUGUCACACCAACGAGUGUUUGAAAAGUGACAAUGCCUCUUUAAAAAAAGCUGGACCCAAUCUUUCCCAGGCAAGUUAUUUUUUUUGAAUUUUUGAUCACCCCGUCCGUCUUUACGACUUUACUAAAGGUUUCAAGUCGUUGCCCGUGAUUAGAAAGCCCCAACGGCAAGCAACUUCUAAAUUUUCCACAAAGUCUCUGCUCCUCUUCCACUGUAAAGACUAUUUGACCACCGGGAUUUUUUUUAUUGAGACUAUUCACUUUUCGUUGAAUGGUGCACCUGGAAAUGCCAUAUUUUUUUGAUAAUAAUCGAUAGGAUUUAGGUACUCGUUCUUCAAUCGCUGGUUUCAACAUUCCGCUAUCAUAAUCAGCAUAGGUCCUGCAGCCAAGUUUCUUUUUUUGUAUUUUCCCAUAAUAUGCUGAAAACACCAUAAAAACAAUUGGAACAGGCACAUAAUAACACUCUUUUUUUUUUGGAAUGAAUUGAGACAAGUCUCAAGUCACCAGCAACAACCGCCAUUUUACCUUUUCAUAUAUUUUUUUUUUCUUAGAAAGGGAAAGUAACUCACUAUAUUCCAAAAGAUGCACAAAAUAUCAAUCUAUUUCUGAGUAAAGUUUCAAUAGGCAGUCCUAGAUAGUAUAGAGACAGUAUGCAAAGUUAUUCAGCUAUUUUUAAGUUCAAAAAUUACAUACAUGCAUAAAAAACUGCACAAAAAUUAACUUAUCGUUUCCGAGGAGGUUCAAACUAUACUAUAACACGUCUUGACAACCCUUAAGUCGAAUAAAUAUGAUUGGCGCCCAAAUGCGUCGGAUAUAUUAUUGCCAGGUAUAUAAUUAGUUUCCUCAAAAGUUUUGUCUCAACUCGCCCGGCUGUCUCAAGUCACCCAGUUUGACGGUAUUGGCAAUACAUACAUAAGCUCAUGUAACAAAUAUGAACUGUUUGAAAAAUAGUAAAGACAAAUAAAUAAAUAAAAUAUUAUAAACAAAAAAAAAAUAGUCUUAUUGUUAAAGCAGCUUAAAGCAAUAAAAUUUGAACUAAAAAAAAUAGGAGUUUGUUUAAAUACUUAUAGUUUAAACUCUCUGGAUUUCGAAAAGUUUUACGUCCGUGUCGUACCAUAUGGGUGGAUCCAUAUUCCUAUAAAAAAAAAAUAGCUUAACAACAUCUCCAAUCUACCAAUUAGUUAAAAAGGUUGUGACCCAAAAAAACAACUUAAGCUACUUGUAUCAAGAAAAAAAUCUAAUAUCUCUUGUGAAAACC